GGCACUGUCUCAGACCUUCCUCAGAGCUACUCUCAGAAAAGCAAGCUUCUUGUGGUUUCACCCAGAACAAUCUUGAGGAGCCUCUAGAUUUAAAAAAUGAACCCCACAGAUAUAGCAGACACCACCAUGGAUGACAGCAUCUACAACAGUUACUAUCUGUAUGAAAACAUCCCCAAGCCUUGUACUAAACAAGGCAUCAAAGCCUUUGGGGAGCUCUUCCUGCCCCCUCUUUACUCCUUGGUCUUUCUGUUUGGUCUGUUUGGAAAUUCUGUGGUGGUUCUGGUCCUGUUCAAGUACAAGCGGCUCAAGUCCAUGACUGACGUGUACCUGCUCAACCUCGCCAUCUCGGAUCUGCUCUUUGUGCUUUCCCUCCCAUUCUGGGGCUACUAUGCUGCAGAGCAGUGGGUUUUUGGGCUAGGUCUAUGCAAGGUUAUUUCCUGGACAUACCUGGUGGGCUUUUACAGUGGCAUAUUCUUCAUCACGCUCAUGAGCAUCGACAGGUACCUCGCAAUUGUGCAUGCGGUGUUUUCCUUGAAAGCAAGAACUGUGACCUAUGGACUCAUCACCAGCCUGGCUACGUGGUCAGUGGCUAUCUUCGCCUCCCUUCCUGGCCUUUUGUUCAGCACUAGUUAUACAGAGCGCAACCAUACCUACUGCAAAACCAGGUACUCUGUCAACUCCACCACGUGGAAGGUUCUGAGCUCCCUGGAGAUCAACAUUCUAGGACUGGUGAUCCCCUUGGGCAUCAUGCUGUUUUGCUACUCCAUGAUCAUCAGGACCUUGCAGCACUGUAAAAACGAGAAGAAGAGCAAGGCAGUGAAGAUGAUCUUUGCUGUGGUGGUGCUCUUCCUCGGCUUCUGGACACCCUACAAUGUAGUGCUCUUCCUGGAGAUGCUAGUGGAGUUAGAAGUUCUCCAGGACUGCACCUUGGAGCGGUACCUGGACUAUGCCAUCCAGGCCACAGAAACCCUGGCUUUUGUUCACUGCUGCCUCAAUCCAGUCAUCUACUUUUUUCUAGGGGAAAAAUUUCGCAAGUACAUUGUACAACUGUUCAAAACCUGCAGGGGCCCUUUUGUGCUCUGCCAGUACUGUGGGCUCCUCCAAAUGUACCCUGCCGAGACACCCAGCUCCUCUUACACACAGUCCACUGUGGAUCAUGAUUUCCGUGAUGUUUUGUAGAAGAUGAAAAUGCUAAACAGAGUUAAUGGAUGUCCAUAUUCAUUGCUUGCUUAAAAUCGUGUUUUAGUGAGAAGGAAGACUCAUAUCCACAGUGAAAAGUGGGCUGCUCAGCCUGCAGUCUGCUCGUCCUUUUCCUGUGGAUGAGUUCAGCUCUGUGAGGGUUCACCUGACUAAGCUUCCCUCUUCACCCCGGGCCUGCCUGCAGGAAGAGGCCAAUCUGAGGCAAGCUGUAAAUGAUGUCUCUGUGGGAUCCUAUGGAAGGGACAGACCACCCCCCCAACCUAUACCGAGGGCUGCUCCAGAGGAGCUGCAGAGCACCUGCCGGUGGUGAAAAUGGCCCUCUGACUCAUUUCUAGCUCUGUGGAAGAAUAUAGAAAACUUUAACAUGCUGUCAUUGUGUUUUCUCAAUAAUAUACCUGAAACAUGGUAUAUUUCAUGAAUAUGUGUAGAAACAGUGAAAUGAACAUAGGUAUCUAUUCUUUUAUUAUAAAAGAUUGAUUGUUAAU